AUGCCCCUCAACCCAGCAUUCGGGCUGGGUCCCAAUCCCGCCUUCUCCGGGUCGAUGGACGUCUUCUCGGUGCAGCAAAACCACGCAGCAGAACUGGACGCCGUAGACCAGCAGCACAGUUCGUCGUCGUCACUAGCCGCGCCCGACAUGGCAUUCGACCUCUCCUCCUCGUCAGCCUCCACAGACGCCCUGGACACGACGCUGGACCUCGUGGGACAAGGCUUCUACGCGGGCAACGAGUAUUACCAGCACUGGUCGCACCAGGACGGCAGCAGCAACGGGCAGAGCUCGCCCUGGGACGCCACGACGGUAUGGUCUGACGGGUCGUCAAGCAUUCCCGAUCCCGUGAUGCUCGACGAAGUGGUCAUGGACUCGGGCUGGACGCAGAAUAUGCUCGAUCCUACAAUGUGUAUGGACACAUAUGGGGAGCACAGCAUGGCGUAUUACAGCCAAGGCAUGCAGCAGGUGCAGUACGGCCGGUCGGGGAAGCGCCACGGCAAGGCGACUUCAAUAUCGUAUUGA